CUUAAACACGCAAAGGCUCAUAACCGACUACACUUCCACCCUUUCUCACUCAACUCUAAAACUCUACUUUUUCCUCACACUCUUCACGCAACUUCCCCCCUACCCACCCUCACUCCCUUAUAUACCCACCCACAUCCAUCAAUAUUUUGUACAUCUUCAUUCAUCUCAUCAACUUCUCACACUAAUUCUAAUGGCACUAGAAGCUUUAAACUCUCCAACCGCGCCACCCGCAUCUUUGUUCCGCCAGGAUUCCUUCAAUCAUCUAUAUUCGGAGUCAUGGACGAAAGGAAAACGAUCCAAACGACAACGUAGUGAUCAACCCCCUACUGAAGAAGAGUAUCUAGCACUUUGCCUCAUGCUUCUAGCUCGUGGCGGUGCUCGUACGUCUAAUUCAACUCUAUCCCCUCCACCUAUUAAUGAUUCUAGGCUUGUUUAUAAGUGUAGUGUGUGUAACAAAGCAUUUGGAUCUUAUCAAGCUCUUGGUGGUCACAAAGCUAGCCACAGAAAACACAAUUCAGUUGGUGGUGACGUGGAACAGUCGUUGGUUGUUGCAACAACAAGUGGGGGGAGGAGUCACGAGUGUUCCAUCUGUCAUAGGUGUUUUCCUUCUGGACAAGCGUUGGGUGGACAUAAAAGGUGUCACUAUGAAGGUACUGUUGGCGGCGGCCACGUCAGCACCGGUGUAACCUCGUCCAAUCAUAGUCAUAGUCAUACUCAACGCGGUUUUGACCUGAACCUGCCGGCUUUGCCGGAUAAUAUGUUUUCAGGAUUUGCCGAUGAGGAGGUGGAAAGCCCUCACCCGGCUAAAAGAUCUCGGUUGUUUGAUCUAGUGGAUCAUUAGGUAGCGUUCGUGUUAUGAUUCUUGAUUAAUUCACCAAAGAAAAGAGAUAGAAGCCAGACUAGAAAAUAGAAAGAUGAUUAGAACUUGAUAACUUUCAUUCAUAAUCUUGACUUAAAUAAUAGGUGCCAUUUUAUAGGCUUACAAAAGCAUCAGAAAAGGAAUAUUCUAAUAAACUAAACCCACUAACUAAACAAACCUAAUGUUACGGACUGAAAUAACUAAAUAUGCAAAACAUGAAAGAAAUGGAAA